AUGUGCUCAGUUAAUCCAUUCGCGCGGGCAUCAGAAGUAAUAAACAGUUCAUGCCAAGAAGAUUGUGGGAAUGUAAGCAUUCCAUACCCUUUUGGAAUUGGAAAUGGUUGCUACGUCGGAGAUUGGUUUGAGAUAGUUUGCAAAUCAUCAAAUGACUCUUAUGAUCUGGGAUCUCUAAAACCCUUUUUAAAGAAGUUUAACCGAGAGGUGCUGGAUAUUAACAUAACUGCAUCCACAGUUCGCAUCAAGUAUCCCAUAUUUUCGAGCUGUACCAAUGGCAUGGAGAGAACAAAUAAUUCGGAGUUAGAGAAAGCUCCUUUCUUCUUCUCCGACAUCAACAACAACUUCGUUGCCAUGGGUUGCAACAACGAUGCCUCCAUGGAGUCCAUUUUUCCCGAUCACUCGAUUUCAUAUGGUGGGUGCAAAUCCCCUUGUGACAGAGCUCCAUUCACAUAUGGAAGUUCUUGCAACGCCACAAACUGUUGCCAAACUGCAGUCCCUUCUCAUCUCCAUGCAUUCUCUACAGUUAUAGAGCCAAAAAAUAAUGGCCGUAGUGAUUAG